UAACGAAGUUGGGCGUAGAUCGUGCACGUCGGAGCGCGCAGACUUCAGAGCGGUCGCCAUUUCCGCCACGAAUACGGGCUGGAGAUCUUGUGUGUGGAUUGUGAUAAUUGGAGGUUAUAGUGCUUAUUUUAUAGUUAUUUGUGCACCAGUUUUACACAAAACAAAUUUUGAGGACGUUGAUCACGUUACAAGUCGUUGUAGGCACUAAAAGUGCGUCAAAUGAUUGCCGAGAACACCAGAAAUGAAGAUAGCCACCAUACACACGAAACAAAUUGAAACAUUUAUUUUUACCCUACCCUCCCUUGCUAGAAACUCGCUCAAAUUUUAAUACUACCCACCAAUAAGUUUCAACUCAUUAAGUAUAGAUAAUUAAAAUAAAGUUUUAAGUUUUUUUUUUUCGUUAAUUUUAAUUAGUGUUUAAGUGGAUAGAAGAAUUUUAAUUUUAAAAAUAUGAAAAUACCGGAGACGACUGCUAACGUUGGAGCUUAUUAUGGCAACGAGGAAAACGGCCAGUGGCAGCCAAACGGCGUGAUCAUAGACAGUGGCGUGGGCGGCGGCGUGGUCGGAAGCGGCGACGCGGGAAUCCAUCGGCCCCCAGUCUACCCUGUUCAUAUUCCAAGAGCGCAUAUGCCUGGCUACGUAAUGGCAGGAGCUUACUACCCCCCGGCGGCGUACCCGCCCGUGCCGGCACAGCCGCAGCCCGACGACUUCGCUGACUACAUGUGGAUGGAGAACGAGGAGGAGUUCGAUAAGCAGGUUAUGCAACAGUUAGAAGAGGAAGCCCUAAUGGAGCAGUGCAUCGAAGCGAUGCUCGAAGACGAGCAGCGCGAGAGACACAACCGACCACACAACGCACACAACCACCACUAUCCCACAACAAGUAACGGGGCAUCGUCUCUAUCCCUGGAGGAGACGGUCUCCCGAUCGACGCUCAACCCCCUCGCCGCUGAGUUCGUGCCCACCAGGCCGCUAGCCGGUGCCACAGAAGAAAGACAAGAAACAGCCCCAGCUCCAGUCACACAGCCAAGCGCAGAAGACACGACAACACACACGCCGACACACACGGAACAAGACAAAACAGAAGACUCAGUACAACCACAAAAAGAUCCACCGGAAGUCAGUGCAGCGGACAUAGACAAGAGACCCAAAGACAAGCCUUCAAAAGCUAAGAUAGACACGAAGAAACCACUCAAAACAGAAGUGAAGAGCAAGGCUAAGCCGCAAACGGUGAAAUCCGAGACUAAAGUAACGCCUAAGAAGAAAGAAGUUAAGACUGUUAAGAGUGAAACUAAGAUUGAAGAGAAAAGUGAAGAGAGUGAUGUUAAGCCAUCUCCAGCGACCUUAGAAGACACCCAAUCAACCGGUUUUAAACCAAUAAACUACGCCGCGGCAGCAAAGGCGAAUAAACCCAAAAAACCAACAGCAACCAUAGACAAACCAGCCGCCCAACCCAAGGCAGACAAACCCAAGCCCAUAGACAAGACAGAAAAAAAAGACAAAACAAAAACAGAAAAGGUCAACGUACAGAGAAAAAACUCCGCCAAGUAGGUCGAAUAGGUGUUUUUGGCUAAUGAAAAAAACCUUUUUGGUAAAAAUAAUUGCCCGUGUACAAAUUUUCUGGCAACACUGAACAGGUUGAAAGUAUUUUGUAUACUGCCUCGUUACAGCAUUGUGUAUAGUUUGAAGUUUGUGAUAUUUCCAUUUUUUGAAAAUUUGCAUUUUUUUUUUGGAAAUAAUAAUGGUGAAAAAAAAUUACAAAAAAAAAUAUGAUAGUGUAAAAAUGAUGUAUGGUAACAUUAUUAUGUGAAUAUUUAGCUCGUAAAAAUAAUAGAAUAGUUUUUAACUUUUUUUUUUCAAUUUGAGACUAGACUUGAUUGUUUUAAUGAAUUUUGAAUACAGAAAUCCGUGAAAAAUCUGGAAUUCCGGAUCCAGAUUGGUCACUCGCUACUUGAACUCUGUAAAUUCAGUUAUAGAUUUCAAAAUCAGGAUCCGGAAUUCCGGAUAUGUUUUAUCAUGUCACAAUUCAAGGUGACAAAACAAUUCAUUUUAUUUUAUUGUUUUUAAGACUCCUUUUUCCAAUAUGAAAAUUGAAAAGACUUGAAUCUGUCUCAAAUAUCGAAAAAAAUACGAAAAGAGCCUAAAUACGGCUGUCCAUUGAAUUUUUAAGGAUUUACGGCCGUUUUCAAUAUUCUAUCUAUCUGUUCUUUUGCCUAAUAGAGAUAGGAAUUUGACAUUACCUAUAUGGGGCUUAUGUCAAAAUUGUAUCUCUAGUAAGUAGAUAAAAUAUUGGGGACGGCCGAUAAAAAGUAGUUUAAAAAAUAAAAUAAAAUUCGUAUUGUAUAUUGAUAACAAAAAAACAUGUAUAAUAUUGAAAAAAAUGCACAUUAAGGCGUGGUAAACGUACCUUUAUACAGUCUUUUGGGUUAGGCUAUAUUUUAGUAUAGAUACCUUUUUUAUUUUCAAAUUAAAUCCUCUUUUUUAUCUCUCUGGGAAUUUUGGCGCGAUUUUUUUAUAAUCUGUUGUCUGAAUUUUUGACAGAAGUGGAAACGUCAAGUUGAAAUUGUUUUUUUUUUUAGAUUAAAUUAGCAAUUUAGGUUUUUUUUUUUUCAUUUUUGUCAAAGAUAUUUAUAACGGAUUAUAAAAGCGGGAAUAUAAAUGAAAAUUAGCGAAAUUAAGAGUUUCAAUUUGUUUUUUUUAAUUCAUCGUCUGCAUAGCCUUUUCCCAACUAUGUCGGGGUCGGCUUCCAGUCUUUUACACAGAGCGACUGCCUAUCUGACCUCCUCAACCCAGUUACCCGGGCUACCCAAUACCCCUUGGCAAGACUGGAUAAUAAUAUUUUAUAUUUCAAAUAAUAAAAAUUAAAACCAGUGUUGAGAAACAAAUCGAUAAUAAUUCCUAUUUUAUUUUUUAUUGUUUUCUUAAAAUUCUAGUUUUCAUAAAAAAAAGGAUAUUUGCAAACAAUAUUAAAUUUCAGACAAGACACGAUAAAUGAAUUUGAUAUCUGAAAUAGUGCUAGGGAAAAUAAAAUUUAAACUAUGGUAUGCUUAUUUCUGAAUAGUUUUAAACAAAAUUGACGUUUUCAAAACUUGAGUUUUCAAAAACUUUGAAAUAUUUUAGUAUACGAUCCAAAAUCUUUAUUUAAUCUGCACUGAUUGUCAAUUUAAAAACCUUUUUUUUUCAAUUAAUUUUGAGUAAAGCAAGUAAAGCAAUUAUUUCAAAAUGGUCAAAUGCUGUCUGUUUUUGAAAUAUCAAGUUUUGAAAAAAUAAGUUUUAUGUUUCUUUUUUUUACUUGUAAAAAAAGGUUUAAUUUAACUCUUUAAGUUUUACAUUUAACAGGGAUUCUUGUAGUUUUUCGUAAAUGACGGGUUUUUAAAACCGAUUUUUUUACCGUUUUUUUUUCAAUAAUAUUACCUAUAUUGACUAAAUUCAUAAGUGUAGAAAAACAUAAAUGCAUUAGAUUCUGCCCCCGGUUUCACCUGCGUCCUAAGAUAAAUGCUUCCCGCACCCGGAUAAAAAGAAGCCUAUAUUUUAUUCUCAUGUAUAUGCUAUAUUACUGUCAAGUAUCAACGAAAUCCAUUCAGUAAUUUUUGCAUAUAAGAUGAACAAACAGUUUUGUACCCGCGUUUUUAAGAAACAACUUCCCGUACCCGGAUAAAAUAUUAGCUAUUACAUCUUUCAAUAAAGAUAAUAAUUUUAUAAUUAAUCCAUACUCUUCUAUCUGCCGUCAUCUCACAAGUAACAUUCUUUCUCACCAUAUCGACUUUCACACAAUCCAUCCAUCGUUUCUCUGGUCGUCCCCUUCCACUAUACAAUUUUCUAUAAUUACGAAUUAAGUCAAAUUGAAAAGUUUUUCAAACGUCAAAAGAUAGUCUUAAAAUGAAAAUUUUGGUUUUUAGUUAUUAUUAUUUUUAUUAAUUUUGUUAAUUCUAGUGAUAAAAUCUUGGUUAGUAUUUUUUCAAUGUUUUUUUUUUGGUGUGUAAACUUAAAAAUUAAAAUGUUGAAUUCCUUACAUUUUUUUACUCUAUUGGCGUAUAUCAAUGAAAUUAAAUGAAUUUUUACUCUUAAUUAAUUCAUUUUUAACCGUUGUUUAGAAUGUCCAAGAAUUUCGUCAUGUUACCUUUCGGUAAUCAUAUGAAACGGUAAUCGUUAGUCUCUUUUAAGAUUACACACCAAAAAAAAACAAUAUUAGUGCAUUAAAAAUUAUUAUUUGUUAUUACAUUAUAUACGCCUAUGUCCCCAAGUAAGGAUUUUAAAAAUAUAUUUAGGACAGACGCACACUAAAUGAUUUGUUGUCUAAAUUUUAACGUGCCGUCUGUAUAGGUUAAUGCGUGAAAGAUAAUUCUGAGAAAACGAAAAUGACGAAAAACAAGCUUUUUUCCGCGUCUAGAAGGAAUUACUUCCAGCACCCGGAUAAAAUACAGUGUAAAACGUCACAAACUCAAAGUUUACCUCUUUAUUAUUAUAAUUUCAAUAUCAAUUCGCGUUUAUUAGCGUUGAGAAAAACGCCAUUUUAAGUGGACAUCAUAUUUAACAGCAGCUGUCAGACUGACAGCGCCUGUCAGAUUUUGACAGCAUCUGUCCCGAGUUUUGUCAGAAUUAUUUUUGCCGCCUUUUAGUUGUUUGACAUUAAGAAGAACCCAAUAUAAUAAAUAAAUGAAGUUUU